AUGGGCAAUCGAGUGAUGUGCGGCGGCGCCCCGCAGUCGUGCGUGGACGAGUGUGCGCGACUGCACUUCGAGACCAGGAGCCGCGAGGCCGAUGAGCCGGAGUGUGAUCCGGCAGGUGCUGUCUUCCAAGAAACCCUGCUUGGGCUUCCACCUCGGGACCAGGAGGGGUUGAUCUUUGCUGGCACUUCCAAUCUGGUCGCCCUCCGCUGGCUGAUGCUGUUGGGUGCCAACGCCAAGGCGCGCGAUCGAAAUGGAACCACUUUGCUACACGCGGCCUGCCGAAGCGGAAGCUUUCUGGUGGCGCAGGAGCUGCUCCGACGGGAGCUGCCGCUGGAUGCAACCGAUUCAGCAGGUUGGACGCCUCUCCACGUGGCAGCGAUGAUGGGGCGCCGUGAGCUGACACAGCUGCUCCUUCAGGCCCAGAUCAAUCCGCACGUUCAGAACAAGCGUGGGGCCACACCCCUGGACUUGUGCAGCGACGUCUCCACACGCGAGGCCCUUCGCACCUUUGCGUUGAAGACGCCCGAGGUGACAUCACGGAUCAAUUCCGUUGAGGAGUUCCAGAGGCUCGCUCGCGUGCAAGGUGAGGUGGGCGAAGACCCCACGGCCACCUGCGAGCCCUUCUUCGUCCCAAGGCAGCCCGUCUUCGAAGAUGAGGCGCACUACAAGGUGCUGGUCAACAUCGGCUUGGAGAUGCUGGAUGCUACCGGCCGAUCGGAUGAGCGCCAGCGUGAAUCCGGCUCCGGGAACCAGGCAGUGGGCGUGUUGUGGGGUUGUGCGAAGCGUUUUGGGCGCCUCGGCGAUCUCAGAGCCGCAGGGCCUUCGACAUUGGACUCGGGCAUGGUUUCGGGGCUGGGACUGAUCGCGCCGAUGAUCUUUCUUGCCGACCAGAGGUGCGUGAGCUUGAACGAAGGACAGAUGAGUGCUUCGCAGCGUGCCACCGCAGCACUGUUGAGGUUCAAGGCAGCCGAUCGUUCUCUUCAAGGAUCGCGGUCGGAAACAUCCGAGGGUGAAGUCGACACGGCCUCGGGAGCUAUCAAUCCGAUUCCCACAGCCCUGGAGUGUGCUUCCGAGACGCAAGAGACACUAUGCCCCUUGGCGAUUGCUGCUGGUGGCUCCAACUCGUACAUCCUCAGCGACAUCGGGGAGGUGUUCCUGUAUGGUCAGCUGCGAUCCCUGGGCAGUGACACCUGCACGCUGCGGCACCUUUGGGGUUGUCCCAGGCGGAGUUUGGAGCUCCAGGUUCUCCGAAUUGCGGCCGGCUGGCGGCACGUGCUAUUGCUGACCAAGGCAGGUUCAGUGUUCGCCAUCGGUGAGGACGACUACGGCCAGUGUUCCGGCUGUGGAACCGGCCAGGUUGCCAUCGCAGAAGCCAGCAGAGGAGCCAUCGGCGUGGCAGCGGGUGCUUGCCACUCUGUUGUCACAGUCCCGGCAUGGGCUCCGCGAUUCUGCGAUGUUUGCCGUACUGCUGCGCAGCUUAAGUUUAGGGCCGUGCUCGAAGAGUUCCUUCCCCUUUGCUCCUCGUAG